CUGGAGAGAGGCAGUUCUGUGGUGUUCUUGGUCACACAUUUAUGGAGUUUCUGAAGGGCAGUGGAGAUUACUGCCAGGCAUAGCACAACCUCUAUGCAGACAAGUGAACUGUAGAAAUUCAUUACUACUCCACCAAGAAGCCCCCAUAAGAGUGGUGAACCUGGACACAGAAGUGUUGAAUUGAAAUCCACAGAGCAUUCUUUACAAGAGUUCUGACCUGGAUGGGGUAAACCUCAGUGCACUUCCUUUCUCUUGCCUCAGUAUUACUGGAUUGAAGAAUUGCUGCUUCUUGUCAGGAGGUUCAUUUCAUUUCCCAUUACUCCCAACUUCAUACUCAAAAGCACUGAGAAUUUCAAGUGGAGUAUAUUGAAGUAGACUCAGUUUCUUUGCGUCAUUUCUGUAUUCAGUCUUUUAAAUUCUUUCAUAACCCUACUGAGUGUUUUUUAACUAAAUUAACAUGGCUCAAAUGAACCACCCAGCUCCUGUGGAAAUCACUUACAAGAACAUGAGAUUUCUUAUUACACACAAUCCAACUAAUGCGACCUUAAACAAAUUUAUAGAGGAACUUAAGAAGUACGGAGUUACCACAGUAGUAAGAGUAUGUGAAGCAAUGUACAACACUAGUCUUGUGGAGAAAGAAGGCAUCCAUGUUCUCGAUUGGCCUUUUGAUGAUGGCGCACCACCAUCUAACCAGAUUGUUGAUGAUUGGUUAAGUCUUGUGAAAAUUAAGUUUCGUGAAGACCCUGGUUGUUGUAUUGCCGUUCAUUGUGUUGCAGGCCUUGGGAGAGCUCCAGUGCUUGUCGCCCUAGCAUUAAUUGAAGGUGGAAUGAAAUACGAAGAUGCAGUACAGUUCAUCAGACAAAAGCAGUGAGGAGCUUUUAACAGCAAGCAACUUUUGUAUUUGGAGAAGUAUCGUCCUAAAAUGCGGCUGCGCUUCAAAGACUCUAAUGGUCAUA